AUGAUUGAUCUCAUCCGAGAGGCGCCUCUCGGUCAAGCCAUACGGCUUGUAUCCCGAAACCGGUUUUUACAAUACCCAGAAGAAAAAGACGACUUCGAACUGCCUCUCCAAUACAUCGCUCAACUGGAAAAAAACGAGAAGCCAAUUCGUCAGAACCAAUCUCGAAAUUCGAGUGAUAUUAUCUCGAGCUCAGUGCAGAGCGAUGAUAUUGGCGAAUCUAUUCCUCGCCAAGAAGAUUUGGACAUCGAGAAUCUGCGACCAAUAAGAACGACAAGCAGUAUUCGCACCGAGCCUUAUAGCAACAAUCGAAUGCAAAUCGAACGGGAACUUGAGCUACUUCGUACCAAAUCUGUUCCCAUCGCGCCCCAGAAGACAUCAGACGGCAUCAUUCUUGUCGAUUGGUAUACGACAGAUGACCCAGCCAAUCCUCAAAAUUGGUCCAGCUUAAAGAAAUAUUUCGUCGUUUUCGUGAUUUGCAUAUAUACAUGGACAGUGUACUGCGCAGGGCCAACCUAUGCUGCCGCCGAAGAGGGGAUUCAGAAACAUUUUGGAGUCAGCGCCGUCGCUUCUACGGUCGGCCUAUCACUUUACGUUCUCGCAUAUGGUGUUGGCGAUCUUCUCUUUUCUCCUCUAACUGAAAUCCCCAUUAUCGGCCGAAAUCCUGUCUAUUUUCUAACAUUUAUUAUUUUCUGGGUUUUAUCCUUUCCUGCGGCCGUUGUGAAUAAUUUUAGUGGACUCUUGGCUUUGAGAUUCUGGACUGGAUUUUUCGGCAGUCCUGCUUUGGCAAAUGGAGGAGCAACCGUGGGAGACAUGUUUUCUCUGAUUUACAUACCUUUUGGGCUCUCGUGGUGGGUAUUCUCUGCCUGGGCCGGUCCUGCUUUCGGGCCGCUUAUCGGAGGCUUCGCUGCACAGGCUAAAGGUUGGCGAUGGCCUAUGUGGGAGAUUGUUUGGAUGGCUUCAAUUGCCCUUCUUUUCCUCUUGACUCUCAUGCCGGAAACCUCUCCUUCGAAUAUCCUGUUGAGGCGCGCACGACGGUUGCGCAAACUAACAGGCGAAUCAAGGCUUCAGUCCCAAAGUGAAAUCGAUCAACGUCAUAUCAAAGCCACUGAGCUACUUGUCGCCACACUGAUCAGACCGAUGCAAAUCAUGAUGAAAGAUCCAUCGAUUUUCUUUGUCAAUCUUUACACAGGCUAUUUUUAUGGAGUGUUUUACACCUUUUUUGAAGUCUUUCCUCUCGUCUUUCCGGUCUUCUACAGUUUCAACUUGGGACAAACUGGUUUGACUUUCUUAUCUUGUUUCAUUGGUGUGAGCAUCGCCAUUGGUGGCUACUUCAUCUAUCUACAAUUCUACAUGAUGCCAGACAAUCUCAAAAACGGAUUCCGGGAGCAGGAACAUCGACUUGUUCCAGCAAUUGCAGGCUCAUUCUUGCUACCAAUCGGUCUUUUCAUAUUUGCCUGGACCGCCAAUUCGAAUAUUCCUUGCGCGAUACCUCUGAUUGGAGUCGGAAUCUUCGUCAUCGGUCAUUUCUGGGUUAUGCAAUCUCUUUUCAUCUAUCUCCCAUUCUCCUAUCCAAAGUAUACUGCUUCUCUUUUUGCGGGAAACAGUGUAUGGAGAUCCGGAGUUGCCUGUGGCUCUGUUAUCUUUGCGAGACCUUUAUUCAUCAAUAUGGGUGUCAACAAAGGUGUCUCCCUUCUUGGAGGCUUGAGUGUCAUUGGAAUUUUUGGAACAACUGCUAUCUACAUGUUUGGCAAAAAGCUACACGCCCGGUCCAGAUUCGCACAGAGCUAG